AUGGCGAGGCUGUGCCUCCAACAACUCGAUGACCUGCAGUUCCUCGGGCGUGAAUCGAGGAUGCACAAGCCUGGCCUUAACUUGCUUAGUCUUCUCGACGAGGCUUUUGAUUUGGCCCUCCCAAAACGUGACGUCGAGGAAAUCGGGCACCGGCCCUUUGCCGGCCCAGAUGAAGCCCGCGUCUCGAAUCGGAACCCCAUGGUAGGUAAGGCCGCGAACGUGAACUUCGUCGUCGGGAUUUCGUGA